AUGAGUCGACUGCGGCGCGUCGGCGCGGGCGUCGUGGCCCUCGCGCUGCUCGGUCUCGUCGCCAACUACUGGCUCGUCUCGCAGCGCUUGGCCUUGCCAGACGCGCGCCAUGUGGCUGCGCACUCGGUUGCCUUUAACGCGCUCUUCAACCUCUCGACGUCGUACGCGCCCGCGUUCCCCGCCGCCCGCCGAGGCAUUGCGCUCUGCUUGCACACGGAGAUCGCCGCCAUGGGCGUGUCACUGAUCCGGGAGCUGCGGUCGCUCGGCAACACGGACCCGAUUCAAGUGUACUUUUGCCUCCCGGCUGAGCUGGCGCCGCCCGUAUGGACGCUCUUGGCCGAGGACCCGCUCGUGGAGAUCAUUGACCUGUGCUCCCUCUUGGUCGAAGCGGGGCACUUCCAGGACGUUGAGGCGGCACGGGCGUUCCAGAGCUUCUGGCUCAAGCCGCUUGCGCUGCUCUUCUCGUCGUUCGACCAGGUGAUGUUGCUCGACGCCGACGACAUUUUUUUUGAGAAUCCAUCGACGCUGUGGGCGUCACCGAGCUACACCGAGACGGGCACGCUCUUCUUCUACGACCGCGUCAUCAACACGACGGCGUUCUCCAACAGCGUUGUCAACGUGACGCUCGAAAAUGGAGCUGUCGUCCCCGGCCGCUACAUCACGGAGUUCAUCAAGACGUUUCCGCUAGCGCGCUUUGGCCGCCCGCCCGUGCACACGCCGUCGGCGCACCUUCGCGCAUCGAUGCUGUGGCGUGGCCACACGGCGCACGAGCAAGACUCCUCUGUCGUGCUCAUCAACAAGGUCCGCGCGGGGCCUACCGUGCUCAAGAUCUUGCAUCACCUCAUUCGGGACUCUCGCUUUCUCGACCCUCCGUUUUCGUGGGGAGACAAAGAGUCGUUCUGGCUUGCGUUUGAGCUGGGUGGGAAGGACUAUCGGUUCUCGCCGUGGGCGUGCAGCGUCGUGAGCCGGCCCUUUGAUCGGCUCGUGGACCCCAACUCGCUCUGUGGCAGCCUCGCCCAGUACGCGCCCCUCGAGACAUCGAACGCGACGCUGCUCUAUAUCAACGGCCAAGACAUCAUCCAGCCCUUCGACUCGAGGGGGUAUGGCCGCCCGUCCUGGCCGGACCGCUUGACGACGCUCUUGACGGCGAUGCCCCGCCACGUUGCACCUCGGCACCGACGAGGCCCGGUCGCCGCCGCCCGCGGGUCCUUGGACGAGUCGUGCCUCGUCGCGAUGGGUGCCGAGCCGCUGCAUCACGCCGCGCAGCUCCGUCAGCGAAUUGUGUGGACGAUCGAGGCCGCCCAAGCCUUGGACGUGGCCUUUCGUAGCGGCCCCACGCUGCAAAAAAGCGUCAAGUUCCAGAGUAGUGUUGUCGUCGGCGUCUUUUUUGGCGUGCUGCUCGUGUUGCUGUGUGUGUUUUACGUCACGUCUUCCGAUCGAUGACACUAUUCUCCAUCUCUUACGACAAUAUCGACACAAUCAUGGAUCUAGAAUGUGG